AUGCGGCUGCUGCCGGCGGCGCUGGCCCUGCUCCUGCUCCUGAGCAGCUCAGAUCCAGGGGGUGGUGUGUCACUGGAGAGCCUGCUGACCAACAUGAGGUGCAAGUGCAUCAAAUCCACCGCCCACGUCAUCAACCUGGGCCGCAUCCUCACCAUCGAUGUCACCCCGCCGGGCAUUCACUGCAGGAGGAAGGAGAUCAUCCUCACCCUGAAGAAGAACAGGAGGGUGUGCGUGACCCCCGAGGCGCCCUGGAUCCAGCUGCUCAUCCACAAGCUGAUGCAGGGGAGCAGCACCAAAAAAGCGUUGUGGCGGCCACGCCGGGAAGCACCGUGCUGCUGGAGACCCCCYACCCCAUCCCUCCUGCCUUCCAGAUCCAAGGAACCCACGGUUCUGAAUUCCCCGUGGGACAGCAAUGCCACAACCYCCCUGCCCUGAGAGGAGCUGGGUUUAGUGGCACAAGGCUGGCACUUCCUCUGCUCCUGGGUUUUGGGACGGGCACAGGAGCUUUUCCCUGCUUCCCCCCAACAAAAGCUUUUUCCUCCCGCUGUUUCGGGUGCCUGUGCUGUUCCCACAUGUAMCCACAGCCCAUCCCAUGUGCCACCAAUAAAAGGAUCAAUGUGCUUCCCCCUUGGCUGUGGCAGCUCCUUCUGCCCGGAUUGGUGUAAAAAUUGRCAUUUUUGGGGUGGGGAGUUAGGUCAGACUGUGGCACUGUGAAGUCCUUGGCUGCUGUGCCAAGGAUGCUUGUGAACGCUCUGCUUUCCUCUGCUCCAGGAUUUGGCAUCUUUUUCUGACAGGUCCUGGCAGGUACUGCAGGAUUUGGAUAGGGUCUGUGCUGGCUCCUGGCUGUGCAAACACAAAGUGGGAAAUUUCCCAGUGACUGGCUGAGGCUUUCUGUGGAGCCCCAUGUUCCUGCCAUGGCACAGCAAUGUGCCUUGGCCACACGGACUGAGGUGACACAGGUGUGACUUGUGACCCAGUGCAGGAUUAUCCCUGUUUAUGGUCUGGCUUGGCCAUGCAUUGAGGAGGUGUCUGAGGUCUGUAGGAAUCAAGUUUAUGUUGUCCCCUGACCCCAGCUGGAUGCUAAAAAUGUGUCCCUGGGCAGUGACAAGCAGGGAAACACCCACCCAGGGGUGUCUGUAUCCCCCUCAUUCCUGUCCUGUGCGCCUUUUAGGGACAGGAGUGGUUGCCAAAGGGCUGUUGUUGCCUCUGGAAUGACAGGGAAGUACACAGGUGGGAGGAAAUCAGUGGAUGUUUAACCCUGUCCAGCAUGGGUGAGCAACAUCACU